AUGGCUAGCCCUACAGUUCUCUCGUUCGAUGCUGAGGGCCGCCCGAUUAAGUUUGAGACCUGGCUCGAUGAUCUGCACCUGUUCCUCCAGCUCACUGCAAGAGAGGAUAUCUCGCUGUACGAUCACGCACUAGGCACAGUCCCUGCUCCUGCUACUACUGCUGCCGCUACUGCUCGCUCGCAGUGGCAGACUCGCGAUGCCCACGCCCGCUUUGCUAUUCGCAACUCCCUGCCAGUCGAUGAGCGCGAGCACUUUGGCCAGCAUCAGACUGCGCAGGCCCUGUACACUGCUGUAGUUGCGCGCUACUCCUCCCCGGCCUCAGCUGCACUAGGCCGCCUCUCGCUUCCCUACCUAUUCCCCGACCUGUCCGCCUUCCAGACAGUCGCUGACCUCAUCACUCACCUCCGCACUAGUGAUGCCCGCUUCCGUGCAGCCAUGCCCGCUGAGUUUCUUGCCUCCAACCCUCCCCCGCUCUGGCUCACUCUCUACCACCUAGUCACCCGCCUCCCUGACACUCUGCGUACAGUCAGGGACCACUUCCUAGCUCGCUGCCCCACUGAGCUCACCAUUGCCGCCCUAGAGAAGGAACUACUUGCAGCUGAGAAGAGUAUUGUAGCUGUAGGUGCCUCUCGUGGCGACCCCCGCACCCCUUUCUUCGAGGGGUGUUCCCCCUCCCCCCUGCUCCCCUCUGUCGCCUCUGCUGCUGCUGUCGACCUUCUUGGUGCUGAGCAGGUCGGCUCUGCGUCCGCUCCCAGCGGGCGCCGCAGCGGCAAGGGCAGGGGAGGCAAGGGCGGUGGGGGUGACGGUGGGGGAGGCGGUGGUGGGGGUGGUGGCAGCGGUGGAGGCGGUGGCGGGGCUGGAGGGGCUAGUGGCAGCGGUGGGGGUGGUGGAGGCAGCGGAGGCGGCGGUGGCCGGGGUGGGGGCGGUGGUGGUGGCGGCAGUGGACGUGGCGGCGGCAGGGGCGGUGGUGGUCGUGGUGGAGGCGGCGGUGGUGGUCGUGGAGGCUCUGGCACUGGCCAGAGUGCGCAGCACCCUCAGUCCUCCCAGGAGCUUCGUGAGUGGUACUUCCAGCACGAGGGUGGGGGGGGUAGCCUUAGCUGCACGUACGUCAUCCGCACUGGUCGCCGCAAGGGACAGACGUGCGGGAGGGCGCACACUGCGCAGCGCUGCUUCUCUCGCCUAGAUGACGCUUGGCGUGCUCAGUUUCCUGACGCUCCUGAGCUCCCUCAGUGGGCUGAUCUCCUCAAGAAGGAUAUCGAUAUCUAUGCUCUUGAUUUUGAUGUUAUUCUCAAAGCAAUGUAUGCAUUGACUAUUAGUGGAGAGGAGGACCAGUACCUGAGUGUUCCGCCUGACCCAGGCAUCCGCACGAGUGAGGAUGCCGCCCUAGGUGCUUGCGUGUCUGCUGCCCCAGGUGCUGGUGAGGCUACUGCUCUAGGUGCUUGUGUGUCCGCCACCCCAGGUACUACUGAGUCCACUGAGGCACUGCACACCUUCACUCUAGACUCAGGCGCUUCACGCUGUUUCUUUCGUGACCGCACUGCUCUUGAGCCCCUUGCUCGACCAGUCGCUGUCUCGCUCGCUGACCCCUCUGGGGGUCCGGUCAUUGCGACCUCCUCCACUGUCCUUCCCUGUCCUGCUGUCCCGUCGGGCACACUGUCAGGUCUCCACCUCCCCUCGUUCUCUACGAACUUGGUGGCGGGUUGUGCGCUUCAGGAUGGGGGUGUUCACCAGUUCACCCCUGCCUACGAGCGCGUGACACACUGCACGUGUGCUCGGACGGGCCGUCACCUGGCUACCUUCACUCGGCAGCCGGGCUCGGACCUCUACACACUGACCACUAAGUCCCCUCAGGUAGCGGCGUCUGCGUCUGCGUCAGGUCAGCUGUCUGCCCCCUGCUCGUGUCGCUCUCUAGCGCACAAGACUGUCCUCUGGCACCACCGACUUGGUCACCCGUCAGUGCAGCGCCUUCGGGGCAUGCACGCCCGGUACCUUGUCUCUGGUCUUCCUCGAGUACUCCCUCCCCUCCCACCCUCCCUUGCUCCUCCUUGUCUUCCCUGUGUCGAGGGGCGGCAGCGCGCUGCCCCUCACUCCUCCUCGUUUCCCCCGACGACUGCUCCUUUGCAGACGCUCCACAUGGACGUGUGGGGCCCAGCCCGCGUCCGUGUUCAGGGCCAGGAGAGGUACUUCUUGAUCGUCGUUGACGACUACUCGCGCUACACCACGGUCUUCCCCUUGCGCACCAAGGGUGAAGUCCCUGAUGUCCUGAUCCCUUGGAUCAGCAGAGCACGUCUUCAGCUGCGAGAGCGUUUUCGCUCGGAGUUUCCUGUCCUGCGCUUGCACGCUGACAGAGGUGGCGAGUUCUCCUCCGACCUCUUGGCAGCCUACUGUGCUGAGCACGGCAUUCGCCAGUCGUUCACGCUUCCGGCCUCUCCACAGCAGAAUGGGGUUGCUGAGCGCCGCAUUGGCUUGGUCAUGGAGGUUGCUCGUACCUCCUUAGUCCACGCGGCUGCCCCCCACUUUCUGUGGCCGUUUGCGGUCCGGUACGCUGCGCAUCAGCUCAACCUCUGGCCCCGUGUCUCCGCUCCGGAGACCUCGCCCACACUGCUGUGGACGGGGGAGGUUGGCGAUGCGUCACGCUUCCGUGUCUGGGGAUCCCGAGCUUUUGUUCGCGACACGUCUGCGGACAAGCUCUCCUCCCGCACUGCUCCGUGUGUCUUUCUUGGCUUUGUCCCGGAUGCGUCUGGCUGGCAGUUUUACCACCCCGCCUCGCACCGCGUCUUCCCCUCUCAGGACGUCACUUUUGACGAGUCCGUGCCCUUCUACCGCCUCUUCCCCUACCGCACUGCCCCGCUCCCUCCCCCGCCUCUCUUCCUCGCGCCAGGUGCUGCAGUGGUAGACCCCCUCCCCCCUCAGGGUGCCGCUCCCUCAGGUGUCUCUCAGGUAGACCCGGUUGAGCCUGCCGAGGUAGAUGUCGACUCGCGUCCUGCUAGAGGUGCUGAGCCUGAGCGUGCGGAGCCUGAGCGUGCGGAGCCUGAGCGGGCGGAGCCUGGGGGUGCUGAGUCUGGGGGUGCUGAGACUGGGGGUGCUGAGCCUGGGGGUGCUGGGUCUGGGGGUACUGAGACUGGGGGUGCUGGGUCUGAGGGUACUGAGCCUGGCGUUGCUGAGUCUGGGGGUGCUGAGCCUGGUGGUGUUGCAGUUGACUGCGAGGCGCCUGGAGGACCUCCCUCUUCGCAGCAGCUACGUGAGUGGUACUCGCGGUACUGCAGCCUCCGGCGGGGUGCGUCUCGGGCUCGUGGUGCUACUGGAGUUGGUACCCGUGUUUCCCCACCACGGCGGGAGCCACCCUCUUCCCCACAGCUUCGAGAGUGGUACGCUCGGCACAUCAGUCUCCGGAGUGGAGCUGCUGGUGCUGGGGUCCCCGGAGUUGACGCUGCUGCGGGUGCUGCGGACCCUGGUGCUGGAGGUGCUGCUGCUGCUGGCGGUGCUGCUGGAGGUGCUGCUCGUACUGAGGACCCGGGCGUUGGAGCUGCUGCGGGUGCUGCGGACCCUGGUGUUGGAGGUGCUGCUGCUGCUGGAGGUGCUGCUGGUGCUGCUGGAGGUGCUGCUGCUGCCGCUGGAGUGGAGGACCCGGAGGGUGGAGCUUCUGCUCGUGCUGAGGACCCUGCCGCUGGUGUCUCUGCUGGUUCGAGAGUUGCUGCACGGCCACGGCCGUACUUCGUUCCGCUCCUUCAGCAGGUUCUUAGUCAGUGUCCUCCUCUCGCCUUAGAGUGUCCUCCGUCUGUCCAGUCACAGCCACAGUUACCGCCUGCCUCCCCACUCCCUGUGCCUACUCCUUACACUGGUCCGACUGGAGGUCUCGCUGAGAGACGUGAGCCUGCUUCACGUCCUGUGUCACCUGCGUCUCGUCGAGCGUCGCCUGUUCGUGCUGCUACCACUGCUAGUCGUGUCCAGAGUCAGCGUCCUCCUGCUGUCCCAGGCACUCACCAGAUGGCGCUUCGUCAGUCCACUGCUCCGCAGCGUGUCGCUCUCCCGUCGCCUCCUGCGUCCUCUCUUCCUGCGCUUGCUGACCCGGAGUCAGACACCCUUCGCGCUGCCAGUCCUACUGUCACACGUCUCCUCGCUACGGUUGUCACUGACCCUUCUUUUGAGUCCGCUGCUGCGUCUGCCUUAGUCACUGAGCUUGUCGACUUUGCAGCUGCGUGUCGUCUAGACUACGCUGCGAGUCUUGUUGCUGAGUCUGAGUCUGUCUGUCCUCCGUCCGUCGGGGGUAAGUGUGCUCUUGGCACGAACGUUCUUGAGGACAGGCAGGAGGAGGUUGGUUGCCUUGCCGCUGCUUUGCCCCAUCUCGUGUCCAUGCUUGUUGCCCCUGAGGGAGACCCGGAUGCACCAGACAUCCCGACCCCACGCUCUUACGCAGAGGCGAUGGCCGGUCCCUACUCCUCUCAGUGGCAGUCAGCCAUGGACACAGAGAUGGCUUCCUGGAAGUCCACAGGCACCUACGUCGACGAGGUUCCCCCACCUGGGGCGAACAUCGUCAGUGGCAUGUGGAUUUUCAGGGUGAAGCGGCCACCGGGCUCUCCGCAUGUCUUCAAGGCGCGUUACGUUGCACGAGGCUUCACGUGA